AGCCCUGACGCGCCGCCUCGGAGCUGGAGCCGCGCAGCGCCCCGCCUGGAGAUGGAUCGCCAAGACCCCAGCGCGCAUGCCGCCGCCCCGCCCGGGAGAAAAACAAAAGCCAAGGCUCCACUUCCUCCGGCUGAGACAAAAUAUGUGGAUGUCUCUUCAGUUGAUGAUUCUGUAGAAGCCUCUUCUUUCAGCAUGGAACAGAAGGAAAACGUAACUGAUAAAGACAUUGAGCUUACGGUGGUUUUGCCUGGUGACAUCAUCAAGUCCACCACUGUUCAUGGCAGUAAGCCUAUGAUGGACUUGUUGAUAUUCCUGUGUGCACAGUAUCAUUUAAAUCCAUCAAGUUAUACAAUCGACCUGCUGUCAGCUGAGAAGAAUAACAUUAAAUUUAAGCCAAACACACCAAUAGGACUGUUGGACAUAGAGAAAGUGAUUUUAAAGCCAAAAAAUUUGGAUAAGAAGAAACCUAUACCUAUAAUACCAGAGGAAACUGUGAGAGUAGUGAUCAAUUUUAAGAGAACACAGAAGGCCACAGUGAGAGUGAGUCCACACGCGUCGCUUCAUGAACUCGUGCCUACCAUAUGUAGCAAGUAGUCUUCUCAAAUAUCACCAAACCUAGAUAUUAUGAAGGAGAAAGAAACUAAGGGAUUUUUUAGUUUUUUUCAACGCAGCAAGAAAAGGCGCAAGCAAACUGUGAGUGCUCCUGCAACCCCUCUAAUCAAUAAGCACCGCCCAACUUUUGUGAGGUCGAACACCGUCUCCAGGCCGUAUGUGUCCAACACCCUGCCUUCGGAUGCACCCAAGAAGAGGCGGGUCUCGCUGCCACCCAUGCUGACGUCGCAGGUUGCACCCCAGGACCUUGAGCAGCCCCAGGACAAGGCAGGCUCUUCUGUCGCGAAGUCUACAGGUGUGGAGGAAGCUGAUGAGAGUCCCCGGGAAGCAGGCCGAAUGAGGACGGGCUCACUGCCGCUCACCACCACAUCUGAAGGGAAUUUAUCUUUGAAAAGGACCAAGCGGAAAGCACCUUCCCCACCCUCCAAAAUGCCCCUGCCUCAGAGUGAUGAGAACGGCCCUGCAACUGCCCUGCAGGCAGUAGACAGAGCUUCCGCAGACAGCGCUUCAGAAGCCACCUCUCCUGAGAGCCUCCCCAGCCCAGCUGGAACAAGCUCGGAUUAUAGCCUUGAAGAGAUAGAUGAAAAGGACGAACUGAGCGAGGUGCCAAAAGAUGAGUCUGAAGACUUUUCUCUGAAGUCACCGGACAGCUCUUUGGCAUCUGCUGAUCUAAUGAGCACGCUGAGGACAGCCCUGGACUCGGCACUUGGCACUGACAUCGGAGAGGCCUCACAAAGCUCCCCGGGGGAAACGCAAGAGGCUGCCCCCACAGAUGGACCAGGGUCACACGGUGUUGUCUACAAUACAAGCAAAGAAGAUACGUUAGCUGAUGGUGUCAGGAACUUGCACUCCCUGGACCCAAAUCAAAAAAAUGUUCAAAAUGAUAUCAAUGCCCUUGCAACAAAUACAGAAGAUAAGAUGCAAAAUAGCAUGAGAAGAACAGAAAUCUGUGUAGAAGAUGAAGCCAGAAGUAAGAAUGGAAAUGUGGAAGUUGACAAGCUAUUCAAGUGUCAGGCACCUGAAGCUGCGAGUUUCCUAAGUUCCAAGGAAAAUCCUCGAGCAGUGGUCUCAGAGCCAGAUCAAAAACUGAAUCAACACAGAGCAGAAAAGUCGAAAAUGCAAGAUGCAGCAAUUCAGACCACCCCUUCCCACAGCAGCUUUGAUGGGAAUCACCAAGAUCAUAAUUUGGCUGACUUCAAAGUUGAUGAAAGUGUACAAACUUCAAAUAGCAAAUCAACUCAACCGUCGUCCUUAAGCUUACAAGAGUCUGCAGCUGUCUCCAGCAAGUGGAGAGGCCAGGGCACCCUAGCUGUAUGCUCAGAGGAUAGACUUGCCAGAAAAGACCCAGUUUAUGCCUAUGGUAGUGAUCUGUCAUCCCCUCUAGAUGGAACUGAUAGAAAUUCAGCUGUUUCUUACCUGCAGAAUUCUCCACUUUACAGACAGGACUACAGCGCUAAACCAAAACCUUCGAAUGAAAUUACAAGAGAGUAUAUACCCAAAAUUGGAAUGACGACCUAUAAAAUAGUGCCUGUCAAAUCCCUGGAAAUACCGAAAGACUGGGAGUCAGACACCGAAGUGUUUAAUGAUGAUCACAAGGCCCCUACUUUAGGGCGAAAGCACGCUUCCGAGAAUGUGAAAGAAACUUGCAUGCAAACGGAGGACGCUGCUGCCGCUGAACACCCCAGGGAGCGUGUGCUAGCCGCCACACCCAAAGCCAGCUCGAGAACCGAGCAGCAGUUGCACAGGGCCUUGAGCUUUCCCGACGGGGUGGUGAGCAAGCCUCCGAAACCUCCCAGAAUGGCUGGAGACACUAGCACAGCUCCUUUCUCACCAACUUUGGAAGACAUAAACAAUAUUUUGGAGUCAAAAAUAAAACCUCAGGCUUCAAAUCCCCAGGCCAAACCAAAUUCCUUUUUAAUGCAGAUGCAGAAGAGAGCAUCAGGCCACUAUGUCACAUCUGCAGCUGCCAAGAGCACACACACUGGACCUAACGCUGCCUCCAAAGAGCUCCCAAGUAAAGAUGCGGAACAGGACACACUGCCUUCUCCAGCGCAGACUCUUUCUCCCUUAGGUAAAGCAACCCACCCUGCUCCGCCACCUCAGGUCAGAAGCGCUGAGGAUGCUGUCCUCACCCCGAAGCCGGCUCCUACCCCCAUCGCACCCAAGCCAGCGCCUCCUCCCUCCACCCAGCCAGCGGCAGUGAAUCUGAAGACUCUGAAAACCUUCGGUGCCCCCCCCCCACCCUUCUCCACUUCCGCUCCUUCACCGUUUGCCCUGGCUGUAGUGAAAAGGUCGCAGUCUUUCAGUAAGGUGCGCAGGGAAUCCUCCAGCGAGGCCGAACCUGUUCCACCUCACGCCAGUGCAGAAGGCGGGAAGACGUGCGUGACCUGCGUGGGAAAUAAGUUUCCCGACACCCAACAACUUGAGGUGACAGAGAAUCAAAAUAACUCUGCACAUAAUGAACAGAACUCUCAAAUGUCAACUCCAACUGACUGCCCAUCAUUCACCCUUAAGAGACAAAGUUCCUUAACAUUGCAAAGCUCUGACCCAGAGCAGAUCAGACAGAGUUUGCUGACUGCAAUCCGCUCUGGAGAUGCUGCUGCCAAACUGAAAAGAGUUACCGUUCCAUCAAAUACAAUAUCUGUGAAUGGAAGGUCAAGACUCGGCCACGCCCUGUCCUCCAAUGCCCAGGAGGGCUGUUAAGUGUGGCCCCACG